UGUAAACAAUAUGUCCCACGCUGGUAUCAGUAUCAGUUUACAUCUUGCUUUCUCAGCGCAAUAAGGAGCAUUUUUUUGUGUGUUUUUUGUACACGAAACAAUUCUAGUCCUUCGGGUAAACAACGAAGAUGAUGUCCAGACAAGGAGACAACUUAGAAUGGCUGCUCGGACUUGUAUCAGCCAUUCACAUCAUACUGUGUCCAUACACCAAAGUCGAAGAGAGCUUCAACCUGCAGGCUAUUCAUGAUAUUCUGUAUUAUCGCACCAACAUUUCUUCGUACGACCACCUAGAGUUUCCAGGUGUUGUACCACGAUCAUUUGUUGGCCCUCUCCUGGUUGCAAUCCUGUCGUCGCCCCUGGUUGCAAUUAUUUCAGUCAUGGGUUUAGAGAAGAUUGUAGCACAACAUGUAGCACGAGCCUCUCUGGCAGCGCUGGUGUGCCUAGCAUACAGUCGGUUCUCCCGAGCGCUCCAGAAGGAAUUCGGAAGCGUGUUCACCCAUUGGCUCACGCUCAUAAUCGCCUCGCAGUUCCAUUUUGUCUUCUACAUGUCACGGCCGUUGCCAAACACGUUUGCCCUCGUCUUCGUCCUGCUCGCGUACAGCUACUGGAUCGAGCAGCAACACCAGAAGCUGAUCCUGUCGAGCGCUGUGGCAGUGCUCGUUUUUCGGGGCGAGCUGGUGCUCCUGCUCGGCGUCAUCGUCCUGGUCGAGCUGUUCUCAGGCCGCCUGGGAUUCUUUGAUCUCUUGAAGUGGGGAGUGCCCAUCGGACUGGGAGUUCUUGGAGUCUCCGUCGCGAUCGACUCUUUUUUCUGGCAACGGCCACUCUGGACAGAGGGAGAGGUGCUUUGGUUCAACGUCGUCCUCAACAAGAGCUCGGAAUGGGGCACGUCUCCGUGGCCUUGGUACUUCUACUCCGCUAUUCCGCGGGCCCUAUUCACCUCCCUCUUUCUUCUUCCCGUCGGGGUCCUCGUCGACCCUCGGAUGAAGACUCUCAUCUUGCCGGCCGUCGCCUACACAGUGCUCUACUCGUUCCUGCCUCACAAGGAACUGCGCUUCAUCAUCUACGUGUUUCCUCUACUCAACCUGGCCGCUGCACGGGCUUGCCUUUCCGUGUGGAACAACCGCUUGAAGUCGUCGUGGAACGUCGUGCUGACGCUGUGCAUCUGUUUCCACCUGGUGGCAAAUGCGUUUGCUACGAGUCUUCUGCUGUACAUCUCCAGCUACAAUUACCCAGGAGGCCAGGCGUUCACAAAGCUCCAUGAGAUCGAAGCCGGAGUUCCAGUGGCCAACGUUCACAUUGACGUCUACGCAUGUCAGACCGGGGUGUCCAGGUUUGGAGAGCUGAGCCCCCACUGGAAGUACAACAAGACCGAAAACCUUGUUCCAGGUGGUCUAGAAAUGCAGAGUUUCACCCAUCUUCUCAUAGAAGGAAAAUCGAUGCACAGCAGUUCUUUCAUGCCAUAUCGCGACACUCACGAACUCAUCGGCGCUGCAGAGGGUUACAGUCACGUGCGCUUCGACUACUCUUCCUUUCCACCAGUCAGAGUGCGCACGCGGCCCAAGGUCCUCAUCCUGCGGAGAAAGUCGACUCCAACGAAAGUCGUCUUGGACUUUGGGGCGAAGCGAUCCGCGCAGGAGUGAACGCAUUGCGGAAGUGUCUCUUUCGUUCGAGGAGGGCCUAUUCGGGCUUGUGAUGGGGAAUUUGGGGUUCAAUUCAAUUUAUUAGUAACACCAAAAAAUCCCUGUAGGGGGCGAGGGUGACGGAAUUGUGAAGGGCUUGAAGGUAGUUAAGACCAAAGAGGGGUUUAUCUGAUUCAGGACGAACAGAGAGGGCAGAAGCGACUGGGAGGGUACUUCGAAGAAAUGAGAGAGGGGGGUCAAUUUACUGCCUGAUUUCGUAAAAGAUUUUGUGCAUUUUGGGGUUUGCAGGUAUGUACCAUAUAAGGAUGGAUGCUGUGCAUCUACUGUCUAUGAAAGCUGAACAGCAGUCUCUUAUCACAUUAACCUGUUCAAGAAUUAAGUUUCUUUUCUUUUCUUUUUUUUCUUUUUUUUUUAUACAGAGGGGACGAAUAGAGGAUUUCUCGAAUCCGAACCCACUAAUCUUUCGAAUUCUUUCUUCGAAAAGAGUUAAAAAAUCCAGGCAUAAACUCUUCUACUGAAAAAAUUUUUUUACGCAGAAUUUGAUAUAUAAUUGUUAUAAUAAAAAACAAAUUUUACGAGAAGACAUAUCCAUCAUAUACAUACAAGGCAAAAACCGUGUCACUUUUAAGCUCCUAAUAUCUGAGCUAUACGUUGUGGUGUUUGGAAGCGCCAUUUUAAAAAGAAACAAACAGACGUCAUGGGCAGAUUCGAAAGAUUUGAUUCGCUGAUGUGGUUGGCACACCCCCAGUUUUUUAUUUAUAUUAAUUUAGCACUUCAACGACAAGGUACAUAGAGAGCACUAAGUUAUUAACAAAUUGAAAAGGUUGAAAACUGUCAGUGAUUGCUCUUGUGCAUUUAUGGAAUGAAUGCACAAAAACCACGCCUCUCUAACCCUGUAUGGCUGCGUUACAGUUCUUUAGCUACUGUGCCCAUUUUCGGCGCGAUCGAUAAGCUUUUAAGUUUUCAGAUAAUUUUGUGGAUCGAAAGAGUCAACGGGCAUUCAGUGUGACACGCAGAUCUCAGCGUAGAGUAGCACAGUUUAUAGUUCAAGCAAGUUUAUCCUUAACGCGCGAUAAUACGUAUAAUUUAUUUAUAACUUUUGGAAGGUUUUAGAAUGUGAUUACAGGGUUACGGUGGCAUUUUGAGCAAUAAAUGUCGCAUUUUCCUACAGCA